AUGAUUUCGCUAGUGGUCUGCGGCCUCGUAAUGCUCGUAAUGACCGCCGAUUUCUUGUGCACGUUGCGCUAUACGUCAGUCGCUCUGGAAAAUGUACGUAUGGGCAAAAACCAAUCAGCAAUCGAUCAGACUAGAGGGCAUGGUGUUAACGUGCAUAAAGGCGAGGGAGAUGUUCGUGAUAGUAGCUACAGACCGCCACCUCCUGCCAGCAGGGACAGCUUGUUCUCGGCUGACGACGUGAAGCGCAUGGAGAAGCAGCUCAUAUACACGAUCCACGAGAUGGCGCAGCGGACAAUUGACAAGCGGGGUAUUGUGCUGCCACUGUUCGACGACAUUGCAACGCUGGGCGUGUCUUUGAUCUUGGAGCUGCGAGCGAUGGACGUGCUUUUACCAAUCGAAAUACCGCAUUGUGGAGAUCUGAAAGACUCGACGAUUCACAAGGUUCUGGAAAAAGAAGAAGUGGGUGUGCUGCACUUCUAUGAUGUUUGUGAACUCGCGUCAGAGACCGUCAGCUUGCGGGAUGCGUCCGUGAAGGUGUUUUGUGAGAGUCUGAGCAACUGCUAUGAGUUGUUCCGAAGCUUUGACAUUAAGAUACUGGCUGUGAUUUUAUCGCGGUUUGAAGAAGUUAUGCUGCUGGAUGCCGACACGUUGUUUUUCGAGAGCCCCAUGUCGCUUUGGCAUACGGACAAGUACCUGAGUACGGGCACGCUAUUCUUUUAUGACCGAAUCGGUUCCGACGUAAAUUUCUUGGCUAAAGCCGUCGAUGGUGGCAAAGGUGAUGUGCGGGAAAUACAUGACUUUAUGUCACGGUUCGAUGUGUCGCCGUUUGAGCCGUUGGGUUACAUCAAACGGCCAAAGGCAACAAGCAAGAACAUGGUGCCGGUAAAGCUCAAAUUCUCACCGAGCGAGCAUUUGCUGACGAGUCAUUCGUGGAACUACCGCGCAGGCCACGAGCUGGACUCGUCGCUGUUAUUAUGGAACAAGAAGCGGCAGCCACGAGCAACAGCAAUCCUAGGAGCUUUUAUAGCGAUCAACCGCAUCGGCGAACCACCUUCUUACGGGGAUAAGGAGCUGUUUUAUGUGGCCGCCGAGCUGGCUGAGACGCAGUACGCGUUUUCUGAUUUUGGAACCGGAGGCGCGGGUUGGGACUUUCGCGACUAUGGUCCCGGCAAGUCGGUGCUUUGCGGCAACGCCGCGCAUUAUUACCCCGUAAAAGCGAAGGAUGAAAGGCUCGUUGCUAAUGCUAGCGUGCUGUACCUCAAUAGCGAUGACAUUCUGGUGUAUGAUCCCAAGAAUAAGCCCGUGUUUUAUACUCAGGCGCGACUAUGCGAUGUGUAUCCGGGUUCUGUCACGGAGCGGGGUUUGGGCAUAUCGUGUCCGUUCGACGUGACGGGUGUGCGCUUUUCUCCUGAGCAGGAGGAUCACAUGCUGCUACGUCAGCACUUCCAUGAGAUCGCUAAGGCCUGGGUGGAGUAG